GUGUCGAUGAACAGGUGUCUAAGUACAGGUGUGGACAUCCAGGUGUGGACACACAGGUGUCAAUGUACAGUCCUCCCAGUUCGGAGUCCACCUGUGUCACCCAGGUGUGUGUUGGUCCCAGGAGGGUGGGCAGAGCUGAGCAGCGUCAGCUGGUGACCUGCAUUCUGUGUCAGGAGGAGCAGGAGGUCAGAGGUCACGGCAGAGCCAUGGUGCUGGCAGCGUUCGUCCAGAGGUCGACGGUUUUGUCUAAAAACCGCCGCUGCAACCUACCUGACCCAGAACAUCACGACCCGCUGUUCAUGCACCCGGACCUGUCUCUUGGAAUCCACUCGGCCAGCUGCGGACACAUCAUGCACGCCACCUGCUGGCAAAGGUACUUUGAGGCGGUGCAGCUGAAGGAGCAGAGACGCCAGCAGCGACUGCGAGGACACACCAGCUACGACGUGGAGAACGGCGAGUUCCUGUGUCCGCUCUGCGAGUGUCUGAGCAACACCGUGAUCCCUCUGCUGCCACACACAUUAUCACCUGACCACAGUGUUGAUCAUCCCAGUCUGGAGGCUUGGCUUAAAAUGACCAAUCAGCAGAUCGCAGCGCUGCACUCCGCCCACAGAAAGCAAGGUGAAGGUGUAUCAGAGGGGGCGGAGCCUGCUGGUCCUGAAGGUUUCAGAGUGGACUUCUGUCCGCAGAGCCUGUUCUCCAGCAGCGUCAGUGAGAUGAUCACCACGUUCAGCAUGUCAACAUACAAGGUGGGACUAAAGCUGAACCCCAACGAGCAGGACCCCCGAGUCCCCCUGCUGAGCUGGGCGACCUGCGCCUACACCAUCCAGAGCAUUGAGCGCCUCCUGAUGGAUGAAGAGAAGCCGUUGUUUGGGAGUUUACCUUGCCGACAGGAUGACUGUCUGAGCGCGCUCACUAGAUUCAGCUCAGCCUGCUGGACGGCAGCACCGCCAACAACGCCCGCUCACACAACACACUUCAUCAGGCUGCUCACAGCCCUGGUUCCAGACUCUCAAGUAGAAAACACUCCCUGUAUCCUCGACAUCGACAUGUUUCACCUGCUGGUGUACAGUGUGUUGUCAUACAGCUCGGUUCACAGUCUGGACCAAUCAGGACGAAGAGUGGUAGACUCCGCCACCUCCACCUCCUUCACCUUGUCACUGUGGCUCACCUGGUCCAGAUCCUGCUCACCUCCACCACAGAGGAGGUGUGUAUGGAUCAGGACAGCGGGGGGUCAGAGGAGGAGGAGCUCACCUGUCAGCUCUACAACACACUGAGGACACACCUGGGCAGUGUGUUACCUGAAGUGACGUCUGGCUGGCAGCUGUUUCGUUGUGUUAAAAGCGGCGUCAUGCCGUUCCUUCGAGCCACCGCCCUCU